UUUGUUCUCACGCAAUUUAGAGGCAGAGUUAACCCCAUGUACCAUACGAACCUAACAUAAUUUACAGGCUUGGCACUUCGAUUCUGACCAGUCGGGAUACGUUUGUCAUCAUGGAGAUAACGAUGGUGAAUGUUUGGAUCAUCCUUGUAGCUGCAAGUUCUGCAGUUACAGUCUCUGCAGUUACCACAUAUCAGAAACGCCUAAGCCACGGUGAUUAUUUGUUUCUGGAUCUUCCUGAACGGACAGCUAGGUUGGAGUUCGUUUCUGCCGAUGAGCAACACCAUGAAACUAUCUGGCAAAGUGGAAUUGGAAGUGGUAGAGCCUCGAGAGGUGUCGUGUCCUCCGUCAAUAACGGCUAUACCUUUAGAAUCAAUCAUGUUACGUUUGAGGACCAGGGGACAUACACCCUUCGCAAUGCAUUUACUGGUAUUACUAACGCAAUCUCCAUCUAUGUAGUGAGAGUCGAAACCAAAAGAAGAAUCAUUGAAGUCCCAGGUGAAACCCUCACCAUACCUUUGGAUGGAAUCAAGAUGGUUGAUGCCAAUCUUCGCUUUUACAGCAAUUAUUCAACUAUCAAUCUGGUGGAGCAUGGAGUCCCUGUGGGUAAAGAAAACGCGGACUACAUCGGUCGGCUAAGAAAUUACUAUGAUAGUAUUCAGGUGCUCAAUGUCAAUGUGUCAGAUCUGGGCAGAUACGAACUUAGAGAUCAGAAAGGUCGACCUGUGUCAAACACUACAGUGAUAUUAGUGGGUGUUCGAAUUUGUGCUCUCCCACACCAUCAACAGGUUAACUCAUGAGACACACUUAGUUCUUUUAUGCAUAUCCUAUCAGUAAUAUGUUCAUUCUUUAUAUUAAUCUUUGUAUCCUUUCUCAAGGGAAAAUUCUGUCUUGACCUGAUAAUGUUGAUCAGUACAUUGUUCAUGCACGAUAGUACAAGGCCUGUUGAUAUAUGUUUGCUAUGAUUUAUGACCCUGUAUAGACGGUUUCAGUUCCUCACGUAACUUUCGGUAAACUCCCCAAAGAAAAAAUAACAACAAAGUUCUUUUAAAGAAGUUUAUUCAUAUAACAAGCUAAAUAAACAACACGUAGAUUACAUAGGAACCCAAAACAUUUGUUAUUUUCGACAAGGUUUUUGUUAAGAGUUCAGUUUCAGCAACUAGUCAGACCAUUAAACAAACAGAAACCGGAAGUAAAGUUCAGACCAGAAGCUUAUCGCGUCACCGCACGUGCGCCCGAUGAAACGGUCUAUAGGUCAUGUUGGAGAAGGUAUUGUGACAUAUCCUUUUUAGCCCUUCUAGCGGUCAGGCCACUAAGUGCAUCUUAUGACGUGUUCGGUCCCCACUUCUCUUUUCUAAACAUUACUUCCCUAAAACUAGAACGUGCACCCACUUAACUGUCUAGGAAUAAUGCCAGUGUGCAGGGGUAUUGAUCACGCGAUUGUUUUAGCCUGACGGAUUUACACAAUAUGCUGACCACAUGGUAUGUGCCAGUCACCUGUUAGACAGUUGGUAGUUUUUCCUUUCUGUACCCUAUAUAAUGUGAAGCCUGUCUAAUAAACUUUUGUCUAAGUUUGA